UGACGCUCCAAUCUGCAGAGUGGCAGCAUUAUUUUUGUUCAGUGAAGUCCCGUCCUGUCGGCUGCCCCAUACCCGCCGCUGUGCCUGGAUUUUCACUGGCUUCUCGUUUUUUUGGAGUGUGCUCCUUCUUCUUUUUGCAAAAGCAACUUUGACUUGACUGCAAGCAGAGAGAGAAAGGGUCCUUGGGCCGAUCUAAAAAGCACCUCAGGAUGUCAGAAUCCUUAAAACUACAAAAGGAACAGCAGCAACGGGACCUUGAGACACGCUUUGAGAGCAGCUACCACCAAGGCUCCCUGUCAUCUGUUAGCCGCCAGUCUUAUGCUGCUUAUGUGAGCAGCAGCAGCAGUAGCAGCAGCCAUGGGCACAAGAUCUCAAAAAAGGAGAAGAAACUGAGCACUCUCUCUAAGAAAGAAAAGCGCUCGUACCUGGCUGUAGACAAAGAAGACGAGGUCAUUGGAUACGUUGUGCCAGUCUUCAGAAGCAGUCAUUUGGCUACCCAGGAUCUGAUGGAGACUCAGGAGGAGGUGAAGGAGGAGGGUGUGGGGUAUGUCGUCAUGAGGAACCUGUUCUCCAGGGAGACUGACUUCAAGAUGAGAACUGUGAAGAAGUCCAGAGAGACCAGUUUGAGAGAGUCUGCUGAACGCAUGGCUCUGAGCAGGAAGAUUCAUGAGAAAGAAGAAUUCCAAAAGAAGAUGAACCCAGAUAGUUUGACUCACCCUCCGGAGUUCAUCGUGAAACCACGUGGCCAGACCGUGUGGGAGGGGAAGAGUGUGACGCUGCACUGCACGGUGGCUGGAUGGCCCAAACCCCGCGUGGCCUGGUACAAAAACAAUGUUUUAAUUGAUGCUAAGUCUCACCCUGAGAAAUACUUCACAGAGAGCCAAUACAACAUGCAUUCUCUGGAAAUCAAGAAUUGUAAUUUUAGCGACACUGCUGAGUACCGAAUCUCUGCACUUAACGUGAAGGGAGAAAGUUCUGCGUUUGCUUCUGUCAUUAUUAAAAGAUUCAAAGAAGGAGAAGAAGUGGCUGAAAGGCCCCAUGGUUUCAGCCCUGAAUAUGGUGUGACCUUCAACACUACCAUCAUUGACAAGUUUGACGUUUCUUUUGGCCGUGAGGGAGAGACCAUGAGUUUGGGCUGUACAGUCAUUGUCUACCCCACUGUGAAGCGCUACCAGCCAGAGAUAGUGUGGUACAGAAAUGGUGUCGCCUUGUCACCUUCUAAGUGGGUGCAAAUGCAUUGGAGUGGUGAGCGAGCCACUUUGACUCUUGUGCAUCUGAACAAAGAAGACGAGGGUCUCUACACUCUGCGUGUCAACACCAAGUCAGGCUUUGACACCCACUCUGCCUAUGUGUUUGUCAGAGAUGCUGAUGUGGAGGAGGAGGGGGUUCCUGUUGCUCCUCUUGAUGUGCGCUGUCAUGAUGCUAAUAAAGACUAUGUGGUUGUUACCUGGAAGCAGCCAGCAGUGGAGGGCAGCAGUUCCAUCAUUGGCUACUUUAUUGACAGGUUGGAGGUUGGCACUCAUCAUUGGACCCAGUGUAAUGACACUCCAGUGAAGUAUGCCCGUUUUCCUGUCACUGGGCUUAUUGAGGGCCGCUCCUACACCUUUAGGGUCCGAGCCCUCAACAAUUCUGGUGUGAGCCACCCGUCCCGGGCCUCUGACCCUGUAGUUGCCAUGGAUCCAUCAGACCGUGCCCGCUUUAGAGCUGGUCCCUCGGCUCCAUGGACUGGAAUGAUCAAAUUCACUGAGGAAGACCCCACAGUGGGGGUGGUUCCUGGUCCAUCUACUGACCUGGCUGUCACUGAGGCUACUAAGAGUUAUGUGGUACUGAGCUGGAAGCCACCCAUCCAGAGAGGACAUGAGGGUGUCAUGUAUUAUGUGGAGAAGUGCUUGGUGGGUACAGAUACAUGGCAGAGGGUGAACACCGGGAUGCCAGUGAAGUCCCCCCGCUUUGCCCUGUUUGACCUUGCCGAGGGCAAAUCCUACAGCUUCCGUGUCCGUAGCUGCAACUCUGCUGGAGUUGGAGAGCCGUCGGAAGAAACUGGGGCGACUACUGUGGGAGACAGAUUGGACCUGCCCUCUGUCCCAGGGCCUGUUAUUCCCAUCAGAAACACUGACACAUCUGUAGUUGUGUGCUGGGGGGCAUCUAAGGAGGUUAAGAAUCUGGUGGGCUAUUACAUCGAGGUCAGCGUCAGUGGCAGUGGCGUUUGGGUUCCCUGCAACAACAAGCCAGUCAAAGGCACUAGGUUUGUGUGCCACGGGCUGAACACUAUGGACAAAUGCGUGUUUAGGGUGAAGGCUGUGAAUGCUGCAGGAUACAGUGGAAGCAGCGCCGAAUCUGAGGCCUGCAUUGUAAAAGCAAGCAUUGCCGUCCCAAGCCCUCCCACUGGUGUGACCCUGCAGGAGAGGGUCCGUGACUACAUGGUGCUGGCCUGGCAAGCUCCUGCUAAUACUGGUGGAGCUGACAUCAAAGGUUACUACCUGGACUACAGAACAGUGAAGGAUGGAGUCACAAGCAAGUGGCAUGAAAUUAACCUCCAGGCAGUCACUGGCACAUCUUAUAAAGUGACAGACCUGAAGGAAAACGUAUUCUACCAGUUCCAGGUGCGUGCAGUCAAUCGGGCUGGUAUCAGUGAAUCCUCCAUACCCACUGUCCCCUUGGAGUGCAAGGAAUGGACUGUGGCUGUUCCAGGCCCUGCUCAUGGCCUCCGUGUCCAGGAGGUGCGUAAAGACUCUGUGGUGCUUCUGUGGGAACCACCUACAUUCAAUGGCCGCAGUGCUGUGACUGGAUAUUAUGUAGACUAUAAGGAAGAGAAUGGCAAAUGGAGAUGUGUCCAAGAGAGAUCCACAAAAAAUACUUACAUGAAGGUAACUGGUCUCCAAGAGGGUGUUUCCUACAGGCUGCGCGUCCAUGCUAAGAAUCUGGCAGGUGUUGGUGGACCCUCAAAGGCAACUGAUGCAAUUUUGGCUGAGACUCGCCCUGGAACCAAUGAGAUUGUGGUGGAUGUGGACGACGAUGGUGUGAUCUCUCUGAUCUUUGAGUGCUCCGAUCUUAAAGAGAACUCUCAGUUUGUGUGGUCUAAAAACUACGAGGCCUUCACUGACACUUCUCGUCUCACCAUUCAGACUGCUGCGGGCAGGUCCAGAGCCAUCUUUAAUGACCCAUCUUUGGAAGACUUGGGCACUUACUCUUGCUUUGUGACUAACACUGAUGGUGUCUCUGCCAGCUACACGCUCACUGAGGAAGGACUUAAGCGCUUGUUGGACAUCAGCCAUGACCACCAGUUCCCCAUAAUUCCCUUCAAAAGUGAAAUGGCCAUUGAGCUGCAGGAGAAGGGUCGUGUGCGUUUCUGGGCCGAAGUUGGCAAGUUCACUUCUAAUUGCCAAGUGGAGUACGUGUUCAAUGACAAUAUCAUCCAUGAAGGAAGGAAGUACACAAUGAACUUUAACAAAACCACUGGCAUUAUUGAGAUGUUCAUGGACUUACUGGAGGUUACUGAUGAAGGAACAUUCACAUUCAACCUCGUUGAUGGCAAAGCAACUGGUCGCACCAGCUUAGUGCUUAUUGGAGAAGAGUUUGCUGAGCUUCAGAAGAAAUCUGAGUUUGAGAGAGCAGAGUGGGUCAGAAGGCAAGGUCCUCACUUUGUGGAGUAUCUCAGUUUCGAGGUCACUCCAGAAUGUGAUGUGCAUCUGAAAUGCAAGGUUGGAAACAUCAAACCUGGCACUGAGAUUGCCUGGUUUAAGGAUGGAAUUGAGAUUGAAGAGGAUGAUGAGGAUGCUAAGAAGAUCGGAAAAUCUGAUGACGUGUUGAUCUUUGACAUUGGCAAGCUUGUUAUUAAGAGCGAAAAGGCACAACGGAAAAAGAAACCUGCAACCGAAGAAAGUCCAAGCAAGCCAAAAAUUUCAAAGAAAGAUGCAGGAGUAUAUGAGGUUAAACUGAAAGAUGAAAGGGGAAAGGACAAAACUUUGCUGAACCUGACAGAUGCAGGUUAUCAAGCAGUGCUGAAUGAAGUAUUUAGAGUUAUUGCCAAUUCUUCAACCGAGCUCAAGGUUAUGAGCACAGAACAUGGAAUCAUUCUCUAUUCAUUCGUUGUGCACUAUAUUGAAGAUCUCCGUGUUGGCUGGCUUCACAAAGAAUCAAAGAUCUCCCAUUCAGACAGAGUGCAGUGUGGAGUCACCGGAGAACAGCUGUUCCUCAAAAUUAACGAGCCCACUGAGAAAGAUAAGGGCAAAUAUGCCAUUGAUAUCUUUGAUGGCAAAGGCAGCUUGAAGAGAGUUCUUGACCUGUCCGGACAAGUAUGGGAGGAAGCAUUUGAAGAAUUCAAGAGGCUGAAGGCGGCGGCCAUAGCAGAGAGAAACCGUGCUCGUGUGGUGGGCGGCCUGCCUGAUGUAGUCACCAUUCAGGAGGGCAAGUCUCUCAAUCUCACCGGCAACGUAUGGGGUGAUCCUGUUCCUGAGGUUGGCUGGGUGAAGAAUGAUAAACCGCUGUUGUCUGAUGAUCACUACACGCUGAAGUUUGAGCACGGAAAGUUUGCCAGCAUCACCAUCGCUGCUGUUGCAACCAUCGACUCGGGCAAAUACGCCCUGCUGGUGAAGAACAAGUAUGGCACAGAGGCGGCAGAGUUUACCGUCAGUGUCUACAUCCCAGAGGAUGAAGCGGAGAAGAAGGAGUAAAGACACGCACAGAGGGAGAGAGGGGUUAACAUAUGACCAGUAUACCUUCCAAAGCAUUUUAAUUCAAAGCAGCCCCACCCACAGUGCAAUCUUGUAUGGUCUCCCCUUAAAUAAACAUUUAAAUAAACAUAAUUUUCCCAUUGUGAGCGAUAUUAGCUUCUAGGCUGUUCACACUAUACUUAACCCAGGGUUUAAAAGGAUAGUUCAUCCAAAUAUUCAAAUUCUGUCAUGAUUUAAUCACCUUCAAGCUGUUUGAAGAAAACAUUUUGAAGAAUGUUGGUAACCAGUUAGUCUCGCAUAGCCAGACCUUCAGACUGAUGGCUGAAGGUCUGGAGUUCAUGGCAGCUUUCAUUGGUCAAGGCCCGCCCAUGAGGCCGUUUGACCGACUUGUCAAACAACCAAUCACAGUUCGUUUUGCUUAGCGUCAUGUUUUGGGGCGUGGAAAUGUUGCCACUAUAACAGACCGGUGUGUAAAACUCUCAGACGUAUUUGAAAGAUUCUAAGCCGCGAACUCUAAAUAUUUCACAUACUUUUGAAAAUCCUGCAAUACUGAAAAGUGCUUGUUGUCACAGAUGUAAACACUUUGGCUUUCUUCUUUAGUGAGGGGGUUUGGCGCCACGGCAUCUUUGUUUCCAGGUGGAACAUUAAAGACGUGACACGCAUGUCUCCUGGAAAUCCUGUAGAAUUCAACCAGUCCGAUGACGACUUCGACACUCCUGAAGUGUUUCCACUUUUGUGUCCCAUAUGCAUCAGACGUUUAGCCAACGGUCUGAGGCUGAGACUAGUAACCAGUUGACGGUAGCCAUUGACUUCCAUAGUAUUUUUUUAAUACUGUCAAUGCCAAUGGCUACCGUCGACUGUUUGGUUACAAACAGUGUGCGUGCCAUGAGGAGGCCUGGCCCAGCAACUUUGGUCCUUGUGCCCCCCUCUAGAAAUGCAAAUGCCCCCCACCCCAUAGUUUGUGUGGACUGGUGCCGAAUCUGGUUAUCAACAUUCUUCAAAAUAAUUUUUUUCUUGGCUCACAGAAGAAAAAAAACUCAUAAAAGGUAUGGAACAACUCGAGAAUUAGUAUAUGAUGAGAGAAUUUUAAUUUUGAGGUGAAAUAUCCCUUUAACGUCUUUUUAAAUGUGAGUUAAGAAUACUCUAAUGUGUUAAGCAGUGUUUCACAUUUGUGACCCCGGACCAUGAAACCAGUCAUAAUGGUUAAUUUUUCGAACAAGAAUAAAUAAGCUUUUCAUUGAUGUAUGGAUUGUUAGGAUAGGACAAUAUUUGGCCGAGAUACAACUAUUUGAAAAUCUGGAAUCUGAGGGUGCAAAAAAAUCUAAAUACUGAGUAUAUUGCCCUAGCAAUGCAUAUUACUAAUCAAAAGUUAAGUUUUAAUAUAUUUACAAAAUAUUUCAUGGAACAUGAUACUUUCUUAAUAUCCUAAUGGUUUUUGGCAUAAAAGAAAUAAACAAUAAUUUUGACCCAUACAAUGUGUUUUUGGCUAUUGCUACAAAUAUACCCAUGCUAUGUAAGACUGGUUUUGUGGUCCAGGGUCACAUUUGUAAUUCUGAAUUUGGGGAGGGAGGUUAUGAAGCCCUGCUGCCAUUCUGGCUUUAGAACUAUACAGUGUGAAUUGCUAACCCAGGCUAAUGUAUGAACUGUUUGGAAAAGUAAACAUAUCGAGGUGUUAACCUUAAAAUUGUGGUACCAUGGGCAUUUCUAGUGUUAUAAGCCUUAUAAAAUAUGGUCAUUUCUUAAUAUUGGGUUUAAAAAAGUUCGCAAAGCCUAUUUAGCAACUGAAAAUAUGCAUCUCAUUGCUUUAUGUAACUGCAGUGUACCUGCAGUUAAUAAUGACACUUGGGUAUAACAAUAUUAACAUGUUUUGAAUUAAAAAGCUUUGGGACUUGCUUUAUUUUUAAGCAUAAACUGGAACAUUAGAAUGUAUCUCAACUGUUGUCUCAUUUUAAUUUAAAUUGGUUGUGUAGUUUCCAGUGUCAAUCUACUGCUUUGUGAAAAAAAAAAAAAAAAAAUUUAUUUAACAGUAGACAACAGAACAUUAAAGUUACUUAACCAAUAA